GAAGCUGCUGAGCUCUAUGGGCCGAGCUCAUUGAGCGAAGUUGAGAUGGACGAUUUUGUCAAUGCUGCUGGAGGACUGUGCAUCCCCAAGAAGCCAAGGAAGAAGUCAACGACUUUAGCUGCGGUGAACAGAGGGGAGCUAGAGAAAGAGUGCCUGCCCAGUACUUCUGCUCGAGUGCUGGAGAUACAGCAGAGGCUAGAGCCUGCAGGGGGGAAUAGUGAGGAAGUGAGUGAGGAGGUGGCCCCACUCCAGAGAAAGAAGAGGAAAGUGGCUGAGCCGGAGGUGAGGGGGGAUGAGGUGAUUGAGUUCGUAUCUCGCCCUCCCCCUUCUGAGAUGGGUCCUAAAAUCAGGGAGAGGGAGGGGGUCGAGGUGCGAAGGCCUAACGAGGGCACGAAGCUCAUCCCUCCUCACUUGUACGAGAAGAGUUUGUUUGAGGCGAGAAACACAACUGGGGCAAAGCACUUCCUGAACGCCACUCUGCCUGAGAGUGCAAGCUGGACGAACGCUCUAGCGCAGGAGUAUGCAGAGAGCGUGAAAGAUCGCGCUAGCUUGCUGAGGCAAUGCGAGGCCCUGCGAAAGGAGAAGGAGGAGUUGCAGAAGGAAAAAGGGGAGCUGCAGAAGAAAAACCAGCAGAUUCAGAGGAGGCUGGAUGAGGUGACGCCAAUAGUGACCGAGCUUCAGAGUGACAACAGUGUCUUGAGCACGAAACUCUCUCUUGAGGAACGUAAGAGAAAAAUUUGCGAAGAGAAGCUCAAAGCUCAAGACAAAUAUAUUGAGAGCCUGAAGAAAGGGGCGGUGGAGCUGAAGAAGAACGUGGAGCUGUUGGUGCACAACGAGAUGGAGGGACACAUUGGCAACUUCCUCAACUCUAGUACCUUCGAGGGCAUCCUCAAGCUGUACCGACUUCCAACCGCCAUCUUGGCCUUCACCGACUGUAGAAAGAAGGUGAAGGCCCAGUACCCAGAAGUGGACGUGACAACGGUCACCUUUGGGGAACAAGAAGAUGGAGUGGAAGAGGAUGGUGAGAGUCUCUGUGUUGACUUCCGACCUCUGAUCAAGUUGAGGUGGGAGCAUGACGCAGAGGGACGCACUAUCUUUCCUCCAGACUUUGAUGCUGAGCUGUGUCCCGUAGGAUAUAAGCACCUGGGUGCGGCACUUCAGCAACAGUGUAGGGGCCUUCCCAAUUUGGUGCCAACUUGCCGAAUCGAGUUUCGAACCCCGUCAGACCGGCUUUCCUGAGAACAAGGUCUCCUACUUGAAAUAUUCGGGGUCGAACUCAUUUGUUGUAGAAGUUUGCUGUUUUCUGUUUGUAGACUAGAGUUCGAAGUCGUGCUUCUUCUCUAACGUCAUAAAGCAGAUCAAGGUUU